AUGCACAUGCAAUCCUUUUCGAAACGACUACUCCACCUGUUGAGAGUUAACCGAAUGAUGUUUUGUGGCCCGUUUAGGUGCGCGUACCAUUUUGAGCAAACCAACAUUCCCAGCAAAGGGGCAUAUGGUGCGCAUGUAAAAGGGGAGACAGCCAACCGGCUGGACCAUUUGGUGGUGAGGAUAAGACGAAAUAAGAGAAUCCACGCGCUUGAGGAUUUUAAGGAGUCGGCGGGGGAGAGACUGCCGCAGCAUCCGGCGGAUAGCCAAGACAAAUUGGGGGCAAAGUUUGACCCAAAUGGUGGCGCAGCAACUGGCCCAGGAAGUGGCGCACGAGGUGGCACAACUGCUGGCUCAAAAGCUAGUCCCAAUAGUGCCGCAAAAAGUGGUGCACACUUUACGGCCAGUUUUGGCCCAAAUGAUGAAAGUGAAAAACGGGGGAAGGAAUAUCUUCUGAACGAAUUAAACGAGUUUGUCUCCGUGGAUAGACGGGGUGAGGAAGGUGGCGGUACGGUGAAAUGCUCCACCCAGAAUGAAGACCCCAACGUGAGUGAGGAGGGUUCCCCGAGCGGGCACUCCGGACAGUGGCGACACCCCGUGGACGGCGAUCACGAUGAAGAAAUAAAGUUAGAAAAGCUAUUAAAGAAGAGACAAAUCAUAAAAAAAGACAUCGUAACGAUAACGGAAAAGGCAAGGGAGGAAAUUAAAAAACUAGUCAAAGAAUAUCGUAGCAAGGAAGAUAAGGACACAAAUUAUGUUUUGAAGUUAUUUUACAUCAUCAAGGGAUGCAAUGGAUUGACUCAUUCAUUUAACUUCGUCCAUAGAGAUGAGCUCCAUGCGAAUGACGAACUUAUUUUCGAAGACGAUUGUAGAGAGAGCAUCCUCCUAGCGAUUGAUAGGAAGUGUGUACUCUACGUCAUUAACACCACGCUGGAUUAUUACAGGGACGAUCUGACGGAGCGCUUUAUCUUCACGAACCCGAACGUGACGUCUGUUUGUCCCUGCGGGACGAGUUUCCACUUUAACCGCAGCGGGGGCUGA